AUUGAAUAAAUUUUGUUCAGCAUUUUUUGGAUUAAAGUGGAUUUAAUCUCGUUAGUCGCGAAGCCGUACGCGGCCCACAACUACUAUGGUCUCGUGCAUUUGUUUCAGUGCCUGUUCAGAUCCUCUGCAAGACAGAGUAGUAGCAGUAACAACAGCACCACGAUGGAUUUGUACGCGAUUUUGCGAUUCGGUUAUUCUCUGGUAAUUGUGACUUUCUUUCUGAUGGUCUGGACUUCGAUGAUCGGAGCUAAAGAGGUGGAGGAGGUACGGUAUCCGCCGUGCUACUUCAAUUUGCUGUGCAGUUGUUCCAAGGCGCAGCCGGAUUUGGGGAUCGUCCGAUGCAGGGAUAUCCACAUGCCACGUAUUCCUGAAACCAUCAACAAUUCGAAAGUGUUUAUGCUGCACUUGGAGAAUAUUGGUUUGAGGAAUUUGGAACCGUUCUUUCUGCAGAGCACUGGAUUGUACAAGUUGACGGUGAAGCAUAAUCCGUUGACGCAUAUCCCGGAUGAGGCGUUCUUGGGUUUGGAGAGGUCUCUGUGGGAGCUGGAUCUAAGCCAUAAUCAACUUACUAAGGUACCGAAUCGAGCUUUAAGGUAUCUUCAGAAGCUGCGACGACUGGACUUGGCUGGUAACGAUAUAUCUGAGAUAUUACCGGAGAACUGGCGUGGUUUGGACAACUCCUUGGAAACUCUAGAUCUCUCGGAUAACUGCAUCAACCAUCUACCAACUGACGCCUUCUCCGGUCUUCCAAUCCUGGACACAAUUGAUCUGCGCGGCAAUCAUCUCCGACGCAUCGAUCCUUCCGUCUUCAGAGAUGGCAUGGGCAAAUUGGCCAACCUGAUACUCGCCGAUAACCAGCUCAGUGCCAUUCCUUAUCAAGCUUUGCAACCUUUGAAGAUGCUCAAAACCUUGGACAUCAGCUACAACUGCAUCAACAAGAUUCAACCGGAAUUGACCAGCGAAACUCAGAACUUCAAUUACAUGAUGAACUUGAACACCUUACGUCUCGACUACAACGAUAUAACGAUAAUACAAUCUGGGGCCUUUCAGUACUUCGACGUGCUCAACAAAACUUACUUGAACGGAAAUCCUUUAGACACAGUAGAGGAGAAUGCGUUUAGGCAAGCCAAAAUCCGAGAGCUUUACAUGCGCAACUGUGGGCUCGAUGAAAUCUCACCACUGGCUUUUGCAGGAUUAGAAAAUUAUCUGCAAAUAUUGGAUCUUUCAGGAAAUAAUAUUACCACUAUCAUGCCCGAUAUGUUCCAUCGGCUAAAUCUGCUAAGGACUUUGAGUUUGAGGGACAAUUUGAUUCAAGGCAUGAAUGCUUUGGAAGUGUUCACCGGAUUCCAAUACACGCUCUACAAAUUGGACUUGAUCGACGCCCAAAAGGAUCCAAUAUCUAUUCAAGAUCUCAGAAGAUUACGCAAUCUUCGCUUUUUAUCAUUAUCAAAGUUGCCGCAGCCGCACGUGAGUCCAGAAGAUUUUUUAGAUUUCGGCGUGGAUCUGGAGGAGCUGCAAAUAAUAUCAGCCGGACUGCAGAGCGUUAAGAAUCAUGCCUUUCAAUACGUCCACGCUCUCAGAAAGAUCGAUUUCUCCGAAAACGCUAUAACAGCAAUAGAACCUGAAGCUUUCGUCGAUAUUGCGCAUUCGCUGAUUUCACUUAGAUUAUCGCACGGAUUUUCUCCGUCACUUACCACAAUCCCGGCUGAAUCUUUCAAAUCUUUGGUGAAUUUGCAAGAUUUGGAUUUGAGUAAUAAUAGAUUGAAAUCUAUGCCUGACACCUGUUUCCAUUUCCUGAAGAAGUUGAGGAAGUUAGACUUGCAGGAUAAUGUUAUCGAGGAGGUGCACAAAGGCACGUUCCAAGGCGACAUCCAUUCUAAUCUGGAGGAGAUUUAUUUGUCUUUCAAUCAGAUCAAAUCUAUACAGCAGCACACGUUUGUUGAUUUAAGUUCUCUGGAGCAGCUGCAUCUGGAUGAUAAUGUGAUUGUAAAUUUGGAAAGGAGAUCGUUUAUGAAUCUGGAGAAUUUGAAAAGAUUGAACUUGAAAGGGAACGAUAUAAACACAAUUUCAUACGAGGCCUUUCAGAACCUUCCUGAACUGGAAGAUCUAGAUUUGGCUUAUAAUGAAAUGAAGAUCUUCGACUUCUCGAUCUUCGAUCAGGUUGGAACUUUGGCUAUGUUCAGCGUGAACAUGAGCCACAAUAAAAUUGCCGAUCUACACGUGACUAUUAACACACAUUUCGAGCAAACCACAGUUUGCGUUUACUAUUGUUUAGGUGCAGGCGGUUUGCAUUCCAACAUCAAGAUCUUGGAUCUAUCCUACAACAACAUAACGCUCAUCUCCAAGAACUACUUCAAACCCGCAAUGUUGUCUCUGACGCAUCUCCACAUGAGCCAUAACAAACUCUUUAACGCCACCAGGGAUAUUUUUGGGAGUUUACCGCAUCUGCAGUAUUUGGACGUUUCUCACAAUAGACUUUUCGAGAUCGAUUUUGAUGCUUUUAGGAACACGAAAAAACUACAAGUUUUCUACGCGGAAUACAACUUUAUACACGAACUCCCCACGGAUCUGUUCAAAAAUUUGGAUAACUUGAGAGUUAUUGAUUUCGGUCACAACAGGUUACGUUUCCUUCCCGAAAACAUGUUCAAGUUCGAAGGAUUGGAGCGCUUGGAUUUAUCCCACAAUCAAAUUAAUCGAUUACCGUUGACGAGUAUGUCUGUGCAGGCUGCAGCAACUCUUUGUGAAUUCGAUUUAUCUUGGAAUAGUAUUGCUUCCAUCGCCCAUGGAGGUUUAUUUGAAAGAUUUAAGAGUUUAUCUUGGCUCGAUUUAUCCUACAAUCGUUUGGUUCAAAUCGACGUCGCCGUUUUCGAAAAUCUUCCAAGACUCUCCAGCCUGGAUUUGAGCCACAACACGCAGUUAGUGCUCGAGAGGAACGGCAAAAGUUUCCAAGGUAUCGAAGACACCUUGCUUCAUUUAGGCUUAGACAACGUGUCUUUAACAUACGUACCCGAGUUACCAUUACCUAAUCUCCUCUCCCUUUCGCUCGCUUACAACUACUUACCUACCGUUCCACCAGAGAUGGCAGCAAACAUAAGCUCUUUGAUGCGAUUAAAUUUAGAUUACAACGAUUUAACUGCAGUUCCUAUUGUUACACACUCUUUAACGAAUCUGCGUGAACUGUCUCUGGCUUCAAAUCCAAUUACAACGUUGACAAAUACCAGUCUUCUGGGUGUCGCAGAUUACCUUGAGCGUUUGGACAUCACCAACUUCGAUUUAAACACCUUAGAAAAUGGAGCCUUUUGUAAGAUGUACUCUUUAAGAAGUCUAAGGAUGAGCGUUUAUCGUAACGUGAAGAACUUCAAUAUUCCCACUAUUCUCCAGAAGACAUAUGGAUUGAGAGAUUUGGAAAUUCACAUCGACAAAAUGGACACGAGUUUGCGCAUGGAAAUGAAAGGCCAACUUCCAUCCAAGUUACGCAACAUCACUUUUACUGGCUUAGCUUUGAAGCAAUUAGAUAACAGUAUUCUUCAGGGUGUGCAAAGUCCGGAAUUAAACUUUGGUUUGAGGAAUACCAGCGUGACGAAGAUACCGACAAGUUUAUUCGAGAAUUUACGUCACGUGAGGAAUCUGAGCAUCGAGUUGAGCUCGAACCGUGAACUUCAGAAUCUGGAGAAUCCGUCGACCGGCUACAAACCAAACUUACCUCGCACUCUCUUCCUCGAGGACAUCUGGAUGGAGGACAACAAGUGGAACUGCGACUGUCAAUUGGGUUGGAUUGAAGUGUGGCAGAGGAAACGCAGACAAUUCCUUUGCGGUCAGAGUCCGAGCCGUCCGCCAUCGUUCAAAUCGCAGGACUACACCUGCAGACAUAUAAACGAUGACCUGAGGAACUCGAAAUGCACCAACAAGAACAACAAGAGCUUAGUGGACGUGCUCAAGACGGAGAUAGAGUGCGGCUGGAGCUCCGGAUGCAACCUCCAGCUCUCCGCUCCUCUCCUGGUAUUAUUUUUCUCGCUUCUGCUGUUAAUUUAAACUAAAACUCUCAUUUAUAACAAACAAAAAACAAAGAAAAACUGAAAAAAAUACAAGUAGGUGGUAAUAAUAAUUAAUCAUAAUGUAAGAACAUAGUUAAAGGAAAUGCUAAAGAGUUGCGAGUUUUAUUUAUUUAUUUAUUAUUUUAGACGAAUAACUUGCGUUUUGUUAAAUGUUUAAACAUGAUUUUGGUUACACAUCCAUUUGAAAUGCAUUCCCUGAGCGACUCAACUACCAUACACACACCUA